UGAUCUCUCUAGUGCCUCUUCCCGGAACGAAUCCUGGGGCUCCCUAGGCUAUGCAAUAAGGGAGCAUCCCUGACAUCUCUCCGCACACCCUCCCCAGCUCCGCUCCCCCCCCAACGCGGGUCGGGGGAGGAGACGCAAGUUCUGGCGCGGGCGACGACGGCUAGCAGUCACCGCCUCCUACAAGUGCCAGAGCCAGGCGGACGGCGCGGAGGCUGCGGUGGCAGCGGCCCCUGAGCUGGCCCUGCGGGGCCCCGGGGGGAGGGGGAGCCGCUAAGCCCCCGCUGAGGCCGCCCCUGCCGGGCCUCCCCUCCCCCCCGGGCGGGCGCCAUGCGGGGGGGCCCGGGUGACGCGGAGCGGCGGCAGCGCUGGAGUCGCCUCUUCGAGGAGCUGGACCGUAACAAGGAUGGCCGCGUGGAUGUGCACGAGUUGCGCCAGGGCCUGGCCCGGCUGGGCGCGGGCGACCCGGACCGCGGCGCCCAACAGGGCAUGUCCUGUGAGGGUGACACUGACCCAGAUGGUGGUCUUGACCUGGAGGAGUUUACCCGCUACCUGCAGGAGCGAGAGCAGCGUCUGUUGCUUCUGUUCCGCAGUCUGGACCGGAAUCAGGACGGUCAUAUCGAUGUCUCUGAGAUCCAGCAGAGUUUCCGGGCUCUGGGCAUUUCCAUCUCCCUGGAGCAGGCGGAGAAAAUUCUGCACAGUAUGGACCGUGAUGGCACCAUGACCAUUGACUGGCAAGAAUGGCGAGACCACUUCCUGUUGCAUUCGCUGGAAAAUGUGGAAGACGUGCUCUAUUUCUGGAAGCAUUCCACGGUCCUGGACAUUGGCGAGUGCCUGACUGUCCCCGACGAGUUCUCGGAGCAGGAGAAGCUGAGCGGCAUGUGGUGGAAGCAGCUGGUGGCGGGCGCGGUGGCGGGUGCCGUGUCUAGGACAGGCACAGCCCCUCUGGACCGCCUCAAGGUCUUCAUGCAGGUCCACGCCUCCAAGACCAACCGGCUGAAUAUCUUGGGGGGCCUACGGAGCAUGAUCCGAGAGGGGGGCGUGCGCGCCCUGUGGCGUGGCAACGGCAUCAACGUGCUCAAGAUUGCCCCCGAGUCGGCUAUCAAGUUCAUGGCCUACGAGCAGAUCAAGCGGGCCAUCCGAGGACAGCAGGAGACGCUGCACGUGCAGGAGCGCUUUGUGGCUGGCUCCCUGGCUGGCGCCACGGCCCAAACCAUCAUUUACCCCAUGGAGGUGCUGAAGACACGGCUGACCCUUCGCCGGACGGGCCAGUACAAGGGGCUUUGGGACUGUGCGCGGCGGAUCUUGGAGCAAGAAGGGCCCCGUGCCUUCUACCGUGGCUACCUGCCCAAUGUGCUGGGCAUCAUCCCCUACGCGGGCAUCGACCUGGCCGUCUAUGAGACCCUGAAAAACCGGUGGCUCCAGCAGAAUAGCCACGACUCGGCAGACCCGGGCAUCGUCGUGCUCCUGGCCUGCGGUACCAUCUCCAGCACCUGUGGCCAGAUAGCCAGUUACCCGCUGGCCCUGGUCCGGACCCGCAUGCAGGCCCAAGCCUCCGUCGAGGGCGGCCUCCAGCUCUCCAUGCUGGGUCUGCUCCGUCACAUCCUGUCCCAGGAGGGCGUGCGGGGCCUCUACCGGGGCAUUGCCCCCAACUUCAUGAAGGUUAUCCCGGCUGUGAGCAUCUCCUAUGUGGUCUACGAGAACAUGAAGCAGGCCCUGGGGGUCACAUCCAGGUGAGGGACCCAGAGCCCGCCCCCCACAAGAUUCCUCACGUCAAUCAUGAUGUCCCCUACACCUCAGCUGCUGGAGACUGAUGGCCCAGGCAGUGGAUCCCAGGCCCCCCCACACUCAAACCACAGGAUCUCCAUACUUCAGCCAUGGGGUCCUGCGUGUCCACAUCCCAGCUACUGGAUC